GGCACGUUUUUCAACUUUACACAGUGGGGGUUACAGUAGUUUCACGUCGCCAUGGCAAGCCGAAAAACUUCGCACCCAACCCGGGACAAUGGGGACAAAUACUCAGUACUAUUACCUACCUACAACGAAAGGGAAAACCUACCUUUGAUAGUGUGGCUUUUGGUGAAAUAUUUCGGCGAAAGUGGAUAUAACUACGAGAUCAUUGUCAUUGACGACGGAAGCCCAGAUGGGACACUGGAGGUGGCAGAGCAGUUGCAGAAAAUUUACGGAGAGGAUAAAAUACUUCUACGACCAAGAGCCACCAAAUUAGGCCUAGGCACCGCCUACAUCCACGGCGUGAAACAUGCUACUGGGAACUUCAUCAUCAUAAUGGAUGCAGAUCUUUCCCAUCAUCCCAAAUUUAUUCCUGAAUUUAUUGAAAAGCAGAAGGAAGGCAAUUACGACCUGGUGUCCGGUACUCGAUACCAAGGGAACGGAGGCGUAUACGGCUGGGACCUGCGCAGGAAACUCAUCAGCCGGGGAGCCAACUUUUUGACUCAAGUGUUGCUGAGACCCGGUGCUUCAGACCUCACGGGGAGCUUCAGGCUGUACAAGAAGAAGGUGUUGGAGAGUCUGGUUGAGCGGUGCGUGUCCAAAGGGUACGUCUUUCAGAUGGAGAUGAUCAUCCGCGCCAGACAGCUCAACUACACAAUCGGAGAAGUACCCAUCUCCUUUGUGGAUCGAGUGUAUGGAGAGUCCAAACUUGGAGGGAACGAGAUUGUGUCAUUCGUGAAAGGACUGGUCACGCUCUUCGCCACAACAUGAUCAGUGAUGUCCUCAGUUUGGACAUCGCACGGUCAUAUAGUAUUCCUUUCGCUCUUUAAGUCGCUGUCUUUAAUACAGUAGCUGUAUCUGAAUUUUAACGGGGGAAAAAGCUCCACUUGCCUAUGGUCAGACAGUGACAUGAUGGCAAAUGACAAGGGAGACAUCUCUCUGCCCUGUUAGCAGUAAAUAUAAAAUAGUUCCCUGUCAGUAGCCGUCCGGAAUACUGAAGGAACAUAGUGCUUUACAUUUCCAUCAUCCUCUUUAAUACAUUUUGAACAAAGCACAUAGUGUCUCAUCAUUCCCAAUCCAGACAGCUGACUGAACUCUGCAUUAACAUUGUCAGAUGUUUCUAUGUACACAUUUACCUGCUGUGAUUGUUUGUAUACAAUUAAACAGUUUGUAUUGUUG